GCGAUCGCAUUUUGAUUAGAUUUGGCUCACCUAAACAUCGCUGGAAGUAUCUUUCACUCGCAAUUGUCCGCACCAUCUCUCUCAUUAUGGCUCCUGAGCUAGAUAGCAGCGUCAACCCACCACCAGCCCCAGAAGCUAGUAAUACAUCUGGAGCUGGCACGGACACGAAGGCGACCGGUGCUGCUUCCAAGCAAACCAACGAUGAUAUCAUUCGGGCAAAGCCAGUGGACGCGGAUGAUCAGUCCGAGGAGAAGGAGUCUCCUGAAGCGACUGAAUCCUCUAAGGAACACAAGCCUGCUGAAGAAGCCAAGUCUGGUGGGCAUGCUUCUAUCUUGCCAGAUGAUGGACCAAAAGAGCCAACUACGGAGAAUGGCAUCGCGCAACCUAGUCCAGGCGAUAAACGAGAGCAUGAACCGACCUCUACGCCCACCAACGCAGCUAAGUCUAAUGUCGAGAACUUGACAGAACCUGCAAACAAAAAGCAGAGGACUACUGGAACGCGGUCUCGGAAUGGCAAUACCAUAGCCCCCGCUACGAAUGGGGAAAGGUCAAAGGCAAGCCGUUCUAAAAAGGCGAAGGAUGAUGUGAAGAAGGUGAUUCCUACGGAUGGUAUUGGUAGUCGAACACGCAGCCGGACUAAGGCAUCCUCCUAAGCUCCGGCGGUAACGCUGCGAACAUAUGCAUCUUGUAAAGCUCACGUAUGUUCUUCACUCUAUGUUCCUUUUGAUCUAGUUGUCUAGCAGGUCCUAUGUAUGCGCAAAGCUCCAUGUUCGCUAGCUAAGUUCCAUUUCUCCGGAUUUUGUAAAGCUCUAGCUUGUGAAUGAACCAAUUUUUUUUAUUGCUGCAUGUAACCAUC